AUGGCUAGGCAAAAUUUUCUGGGGCUUGUGGUGUCUCAGGGGAAGAUGCAGAAGACGGUCAAGGUCCGUGUAGAGACGAAAGUGUUCAACAAGAGAAUCAACAAGGAAUUAUUCCACAGAAAGGACUAUCUGGUCCACGACGAGGGGGAAAUCUCGCGUGAGGGGGAUCUGGUGCGGAUAGAGGCAACCAGGCCGCUUUCAAAAUGCAAGUUCUUUGCCGUCGCAGAGAUCAUCAAGAACAAAGGUCAGCAGUUUGCGCUGUACGAGUCGCAGGCAAGAGUGACGGUUGCCAGGGAGGAGGCACAGAAGACACAGGAGUUUCUGCAGCGCAGAUCGGACCGAGUACGGAACAGCGAUAGCGUGCUUUUGCGAGAUAUCCGCACGAUACAGGAUACGCUGGCGCAGGGCAGAUCGGCAGAGGAUCUGAAAGAGCUCAAGGAACGUUACGGGAUCGAAGAGUUCUCGCCAGAAACCAUAAGGCAGCUGUUGCAACUGGAUGUGUCGAAGUUGGAGUCCUCCGUGGAACAGCAGUUCGCAGACAUCGAGCGUGUCAGGAACAGAGUAAGGGAGCUGGUCGCCGAUGAUGAAAAGGCGUGCCAAUUCUUGAGAGAUCAUGGUGUGAAGGACCCUGAAUGCUUGAAAAAGAACAUCAGGAAGAACAUUGUAAGAAAGCAUGUCCUUCAAGAAUUGUAA